AUGAUCCAAGAUUGUUCGAACCAUCUAACUGCAACUUCAAUUGAGAUGCAGGUGAAAUCGGUUAAGAUCAAGGCCGGGAAGCAUACACAUAACAGUUGUGGCAUCGACGGCGAGCUUUUCCCCCUCAAGGGACAAGUAGUAUCAUCUCUGCUUCCAGAACAGUGCACACUAAUCGGUCGCAUCCCAGACCGUCAUAAUCGUAUCAAGAGUGAAACAACUGAAGGGUUCGAACUGAGUGAGCUCUGGCAGUGUUUCACUGAGUGGAGCGCGUAUGGCGCUGCUGUUCCGAUUCAACUCAACAAUGGCGACCGAGUCGUUCAGUACUACUGGCCUUCUCUAUCCGCGUUGCAAUUGUAUACUACCAAAACCGUUUCUUCCUCCACCGGCUCCGACCACCAAAUCGGCGAUAAUUGUUCCGAUCCAACGACGGAUGAUGAUGAUUCACGUGAUAUUCAAAUGACAAUGGAUCGAUGUGGCUACUUGUACUACCAAUACAACGAGACGACGAGUCCGUACAAUCGAGUUCCAUUCAAAGAAAAGAUCAGUAAGUUGAGCAAAGAGUACUUGGGCUUAGUUGAUCUCCACAGCAAGGAUCUUUCACCAUAUAGUUGGAUGGCAAUAGCUUGGUAUCCAGUGUAUCAAGUUCCAGGGGCAACGAAUGUGAGAGAACUGUCUGCUUGUUUCCUUACUUAUCAUCCACUGUCUUCCCUAUCUCUAGGUUCCGGAAAUAUAAAGUUAGGGCCGGAGAAAGUCGAGGGCAAAAGAUCGUCGAGGGUGGAAGAAAUUCGUCUCCCUCCCUUUGCAAUGGUCACUUACAAGAUGUUCGGAACACUCUGGACGAGCCCCGGGACAUCGGAUUCCGACACCGUUCUCUGUCGACGGAACGCGGCGAGUUACUGGCUGGAACAACUUCAGUUCCACCACCAUGACUUCAACUUCUUCAUGUCUCGUUGGUUCUAA